AUGAAACUCAAUCCUCCCACCACCAUCAUGGAUCUUGAACAAUCUCCACCACCACCAUCACCACCUCGGCCUCGGCCCACUUUCUCCGCUCACCCUGUCCAUAAAACGUUAGCCAGCGCGGCCAACCUAGCAAACCUCCUUCCGACAGGCACAGUCCUCGCAUUUCGGACCCUAAUUCCGUCGUUUUCCAAUAAGGGUAUGUGUGAAGUAUCCAACAGAUGCCUGACGACAGGCCUCAUAGCCUUCUGCGCAGUUAUUUGCUUCUUCUCCUCGUUCACCGACAGCUUCACGGACAGCGAUGGGAAGCUGUACUACGGGAUUGCCACCUUCAAGGGACUCUACAUUUUCAACAGUACAACUGAUCAUGAUGAAGACGAAGAGAAGAUGGAUUAUAACAGUAGUACGAUGGAUUUGUCCAAAUUCAGAAUAAGUUUGAUCGACUUUGUUCAUGCAUUCGUGUCGUUGUUGGUGUUCUUGGUGUUUGCUUUUAGCGACAGUGAUGUCCAGAGCUGUUUCUUUGCAGUGGGAGGAGCAGAUUUGGAUGUUUUGGUGGUGAAUUUGCCUCUGGCAGCUGGCGUUUUCUCCAGCUUCUUGUUCAUGAUCUUCCCCACUACUCGUCGAGGAAUUGGAUACGCAGACAUGCCUACUAAGUUUAAACCCGUAGUCAUCAGGUCGAACUGA